GUCAGUCAGUCAGUCAGUCAGUCAGAGGCGAAGAUGCAUCGCAUGAAGGUGGUGCUGGGCCACCUCUCCGCCUCCGGGCAGCCCAAGGCCAGGCCCUGCCUGGGAUUCUCCUCCCGCCCGACUGUGGGCCCGGAUGACGUGGUGGUGGUCCACGGGAGGAGGACCCCCAUCGCCAAAGCCAAGCGGGGAGGCUUCAAGGAAACGACACCUGAUGAACUCCUUGCUGCAGUCAUGACAGCAGUCCUUAAAGACCUCAAUCUAAGCCCUGACAAACUGGGGGAUAUCUGUGUCGGAAACGUUCUUCAACCCGGUGCCGGCGCUUUAACCGCAAGAGUUGGACAGUUUCUAAGUGAGAUUCCAGAGACUGUGCCCUUAUCGUGCGUUAACAGGCAGUGUUCAUCUGGACUGCAAGCAGUGAUCAAUAUAGCUGGUGGCAUCAGGAACGGAUCUUAUGACAUUGGUUUGGCCUGUGGAGUGGAGAGCAUGUCCCUACGCAGCGCUUCGGAGCCUGGGGAUGUCAGCUCCCGUAUGAUGGACAAUGCCAACGCCAGAGACUGUUUGAUCCCAAUGGGAAUAACCUCUGAGAAUGUGGCUGAAAGAUUUGGCGUCACCCGAGAAAAACAAGAUGCCUUUGCCCUGGUUUCUCAACAAAAAGCAGCUCGGGCCCAGCAGUUGGGGUUGUUCAAAAACGAGAUUGUUCCUGUGACGACCAAGUUCACCGACGACCAGGGAAAUGAGAAGACCAUCACUGUGCUCAAGGACGAAGGGGUCAGGGCCAGCACCACGCUGGAGGGGUUGGCCAAGCUGAAGCCGGCCUUCAAGCAGGAUGGAUCCACUACUGCUGGUAAUGCCAGCCAAGUCAGUGAUGGAGCAGCUGCGGUUCUCCUGGCCAAGCGCUCCAAAGCAUCGCAGUUGGGUCUCCCUGUAUUGGGGGUUUUGCGAUCGUAUGCCGUCGUUGGAGUCCCGCCUGACGUCAUGGGCAUUGGGCCAGCCUACGCCAUUCCAGCGGCAUUGGAAAAAGCUGGGUUAACAGUGAAAGAUAUCGAUGUGUUUGAAAUCAAUGAGGCCUUUGCCAGUCAGGCCGUCUACUGCGUGGAGAAGCUGGGCAUCCCUCUGGAGAAGGUCAACCCUCUCGGUGGCGCCAUUGCUCUGGGUCACCCUCUGGGCUGCACCGGGGCUCGGCAGGUGGUCACACUGCUCAACGAACUAAAGCGCAGGGGGAAGAGAGGCUAUGGCGUUGUGUCCAUGUGCAUCGGAACAGGGAUGGGAGCUGCUGCUGUGUUUGAAUACCCAGGGAACUAAAUCCUCGUCUUCUAAGAACCAACCCAGUGUCUUAACCCCUGGACUUCUCCAGAAAAUGUGAUUGGAACAGGAAUGGCAUCAGAUGUCCAACCGUCCUUCAUCUAGGACACAUCCUCGACCAUCUUGUCACCUUUUGCCAAUUCCAGCCCUUUAUUCAGCCUUAGUCCCUGCCUCAACAUGAGCUGCUGGCUUCAGCUAUGGGCUCCAAGACACGGCAUGCUUGCCACAAUGGAAUGGCUUGAAAUAACUCUUAAAUACCAUGGAUCUUGUCCCAAAGGGAGGCCAUCUCGGCAUCAGCACCCAAGGGCUGGGUGGUGGUGUAUUUUGUCCAUGGGGUCCUUCAGAAGCCUCACAGACUGUUCCCCAAGAUAAUGAAGUUCAGUUCGAGUUUGGAAAAUGCAAGUGUACUUUGUUAUACAGUUAGAACCACCCAGACUUCCAGGACAAAAGCAAUGCACACUUCUUUCUUUUGUCAGAAAGGACAACACAUGGGGCAGGGCUACACUUGGCUCAUUUCCCGUCCAAAAGAGACUAACUGUAUUGAGAGUGAAAGUACGGUGAAUGUAAGAGCUACUUUGGCUGACCAGACUAACUCAGGGCAAGAAGACACACCAACUCUCAAGACUCACUAAAACACAUAAAUGAAAACAUGGCAGAGGUUCUGGUAGGCUGCUUUGCUUAUAAAAGGAACUUUUGUGGAAUCACUGAAAAUUUGAUGCAUCUGCAUUCAGAAACUUAUCUGAACAUGUUUCCAGAUUAAAAAAAAAACCUAGGAGCUGCUUAGUGGGGAAAAAGUUGCUAAUGAUUGUAUUUCUUUCUUGUUAGGGAAAUUAAGAAAUCACACUGGACAAGGCCUUUAAAAAUACACUACUGCGCACACUUAGAUACAAAAGGAGGCAAAAGUGGAAGACAUGUUUUUGUCUAUUAAGAGCUCAAGGAGCAAAUGCAGUUGAACCCUUAAGGAUUAGCUCUGCUUUGGCCCCACUUUUGCACUUCAGAGCAGAUACGUUGAAUAAUAAUAAUAAUAAUAAUAAUAAUAAUAAUAAUAAUAAUAAUAACAUUCCAGCUAUGAGGAAGAAGGUCACAAGUGCUUUACUGCUUCAAUUAAGAUGCUGUAAUGAUCAAAUAAAAAUAUUUUUAACUGA